AUGACAGAGGAAGUAGACAGAAGACAUGGCGUAAAUGGUAACAGCAGUAGUAAAGGCGCAAGUGAAGAUGCUCCUGUGAAUAGUUCUGCUCUCACUGCUACUGGUGGGAGACUUAAAUUCUUCAAAGAUGGAAAGUUUAUUCUGGAGCUCGUGCGCGGGUGUGGCGGGAACGGUGAGCGUGCGGGCUGGGUGUCGGUGCAACGAAAGACCUUCUGGCCACCAGCCGCGGCGCCUCCUACGCCGCCCAGCGCGGCGCAUCCGCCCUCCGCCUCACUGUCGGUCUCCGAUGAUAAUAGCUCCGUGCAGUCAUCGCCCUGGCAGCGUGACCACUGCUGGAAGCAAACCGCUCCGCGCAGAAAUAUUUCCAAAGAGUUAGCCAUGUACUAUUGCAGACCGAGUACUCUGCACAUCGCCUCUAUAGAGGCGGCCAGCCGACUCAAAAGGAGGAGGCCGUACGAUACUAGCCACCUGGAUGGUUUAGUGAAUGGUAACAUUUCCAGGAAAACAAUGACAAAUGGAGUCUGCGAUAAGAAAAACGGUGACGUCGCGUCACCAGAAAACAAAAGCAGUAGGGGUGAGGACACAGUCGAUGGCGUCACGUCGAAAACGAAAACGAAUUCGGAUGACGAUCGAUGGACAGAAUUCGAUAGAGAAAAGUACUAUCACAUGAAGCUAAAGAAACCGUAUCAGUAUCGUAAAUUAAGAGUGUAUAAAAAGACGAGACCGGCAAUAAGGCGUAAGGACUUGAUCAAAACUAUAAAUAAGCUCCGUGAGAAGAUUUCAUCGCUUCCGAUGCCUGUGAACGCAAAGCUAGCUAAUUGCAGGCAAGAACACAUGAUGGUCUCACCCAGGAAACGCAUUCUUAGAGAACUAGAGCGAGUGAGUCUUGAGGAUCAGGGGAUGAAGAGACGUGCAAAAACAGUACCUGCGCUGAGCACGGCAUCGUACCCGCCAUCCCCGGGCCCCAGUCACACUGCUCACAAACCUGUCAUCGAAACGCCUGUCCGCACUCAUAACGGUACUGCACCGCGAAAGGAGACAGCCGUUUCCAAGAAUGUCAGCAGUUACAGCAUACACUCUUUACUAAGCAUGCCUGACGAGAGUCCGACGCGAAAAUCGCCGGAAGCUAAGCGAUCACCGCACUCACAUCCGGCUUCGCUAAAGACUGAGUCACCUUCGAGCAUAAAUUCGCCAGACCUGAGUCCCAGUCCAGACAAUUACCGCUAUCGGUACUCCACGUUGAUGGGCUCACCUGGGCAGGGGGCUGUAGCGCGAGAUUCGCCAACGCCACCAUUAGAGUUAGCGCGGUACCGGCCGCCGUAUCCGCCGCCCACGUCACCGUAUGGGGUGCGAGGUUGGUCGGUUGGUGGAGGCGCCCAGUACCGUGGAUCUCCGGGCCGCGAGGAGUGGGCACGUGAAGUACCUUAUGUGUACCCAUACCCUUACAUGGCACCGUUGUAUCGAGCUCCACCUCCACUCUGGAUGCACUACCCGAUGUCGACUGGUGUUCCCCCCGGCCCUUGGGCGCCACUAGCAAUGCCUCUUGCUAACGACCACAUACCUAAGGAAGAACCCACUUCAGAUUUGCCGCUUAACUUGUCGAAGCACUAA